UCCCCCUUUACAGCCCCAAACUUAACAAUUUUGCCGCUCUCUAUUUGAAUUAUCUUUUUUUUUUUAUUUUUAUAUUCAGUUACACUUCAGAACGUUAUUGGCAUUAUGAAUCGGCCAACCUAACAAUAAUUGGUCCAAAUUCUAAAGAAAUAUCAUUCGAUAAUUUAGAACAAAUUAGAAUUAGGAGACAGGCCGCAGCUGCAUGGCAAAUUACGUUGGUUAUGUCUCAAGUAUUCCAUCUUUACAUGUGCACAACUAGAAGAAUUUCCAUUUUUCAACAUGGCAUUACCAAUUUAGUCAGCAUUUUUGCAGUCAUUAUAGAAAUAUUAUUGCUCAAUUUAUUUGUAUACACGCCAGCAUUUCAAUAUUUAAUGGAUAUACAAUCCCCACCUUUAUUUGUAUGGCUGUUUGCACCAAUUGUUGGUCUCUACCUUCUAGUUUUUAAUGAAACGCGGAAAUAUUUUAUCAGGAAUCAUCCAAGAAAUAGAAUUGUUAAUUUACUCAAAUUUUAGAAAAAAAAACUAAUAAUUUUUGUUCAUUUUGAAUAAAAUUUUGCAUUUUUAUUUAAUUGUUUUGAAAUUACCAUAUUUAUCAUUUUACUGGACAGAAGCAGUAUGUCAGAAAUUAUAAAGAAAAUCGAAUUCAAAAAAAUCGCUGCAUUUUUGUUUUGGCGUUAUGUAUCAAAAAUCGAUAUUUUUUGUCAACAAAUUUGGGUGGGAGGCGAGACACAAUCCGACCAAAAGACAAUCCGGACAUUUUUUAGAGUAAACACACCGUCCAACUUUUACAGAUAAUCCGGUAAUCCGACUUGCAUAUGUCGAUACAUAUUAUGAUUUAUCCCUACGAAUAUUGAUUGGGUCUUGGCUAGGAAUUUACUCCUAGGCCUAAAAUUGUACUUUAAAUGCUGCUUGCUCAUUCUUAGCGAAAUGGUCAGUGACAUUUUCACGAUG